AUGGCGUCUGGCUAUGAAAAAAGGCUCCCUUUGGAUGUUUUUUCAGACAGAAGCGGCAACGGAAAACCGGAGCGGUGUGAAGUCCUCACAGAAAAACGAGGCCUCGUUUACAGAUGCCAGAAGAUCUCCCGCCCCUGCAUCCAGAAAAGGUCAUUUGCCCCGAGACAUUUUGGAACUAGUUGAUGUCGAGGAUGAAGAAAGCUGGGAAGACGUUGGGGAAAACCCUGAGCCUUUGAUUCUAGAUGCGUGUCAAGUGACAACCAGGCCCAUUGAUUUCGUUCUUGCAAAGGACCUGAAAACUCUGCUAUUCGGCUCCAGUCUCGGAUGCUUCAACGAAGAGUGGAAAAUCCAGAGUUUUACCUUCAGUGAAAACCCGGAGCUGAAAUACGGCCUCGUGCAGAAAAAG